UGACGCAAGCGAAAAAAUGUUGAAAAUAUCGGAAAAAUGUUAACGACUGCUCCUAUAAAAGGCCCUGCAUUCGACUCUGGAAUAUAGGUACCGGUCAGCAGGAUGUUCAAACUUGCUGCACUUCUUCUGGUGUUUUAUUCCACUGCCACUCAAGGUGUCCAACUCAAAUGGCAACCCGCACCUCCCUCAGGACCCUAUCCAGGGUGCUACCGAGUCUGUAAUAACGGACAAGGAACACCGACCACUCCAAAACCGAUUGGACCAACUGGAGGAAGCUCAGUGACCACGGGUGCUCCAGCAUCCAGCGUCAGCAGCUGGUCGACAGGCUGGACCAUAACGGAAAUCAUCACCGGCGGAGGGUCAACUCACAAAGUAACCCUUCCCUCUGUAACCACCGAAAGUCCUUCGUCAACAGAAGGUGGUGCUUCAGGUACCCCAUCUACCAGCGCAAAUGAAGGUACAACCAGCGAGGAAUCCUCGGAAACGGAACCUACCCCCACGACCGAAGACAACGAGGAAUCCUCCUCACCUUCGGGAUCCACGCCUUCUGAGGAGACAGACGAGACCUCUUCAUCUGGUGGCUCUAGCACAUCCUCCGGGUCAACUGGAGGAGGUAGCACGUCAUCUGGUUCAACACCCGAUGGUUCUUCCUCUGGAUCAACUGGAGGAGGUAGCACGGCAUCUGGUUCAACACCCGACGGUUCUUCAUCUGGAUCAACUGAAGACGGUUCCGAGACAACUGAACCGACAGAGGAAAGCUCAUCGCCAGGUUCCGAAGGUACCUCUGACUCUUCUUCCGGCACUACGGGAGGAAGCGGCUUCACCGGUAGCGGAGGUACCUCCACCGAACCCUCCUCUGGAUCAACUGAGGGUGGCCCCAGCUCUGAAUCAUCUAGCUCCACUUCAGACUCUUCCAGUCCUGGAACGACAGAAGAGGAAUCGGAAUCUCCCUCAGGUACCCCAUGGGAAAGUUCCACCACAGAGGAAGAAGGUUCUUCAUCUGGCCUUACAACACCAACAGACGAAAGUUCAGGAGGCAGCACCAGCUCUCCAAUUGGAACAUCGACAGAAAGUGGUCAAUGCAUGUGUCCUUGCAGUUGUUCAUCAACAGGUGCAGGAGGUGCUUUCGCUGAUCGAAGAAAUAACAGGUAUCAUCAAGUCAAAACUCACCACGGUCAUGAAGCUAAACAUCAUGGACACCAUGAAAGUAAAUCUCAUCAGACCAAGCAUCAUGGCCACGAGGCCAAACACCACGAGGCCAAACACCACGAGGCUAAACACCACGAGGUUAAACACCACGAGGCCAAACAUCAUGAAGCCAAGCACCAUGAAGUUAAACACCACGACGCUAAACAUCAUGAAGCUAAGCACCACGAAGCGAAACAUCACGAGACGAAGCAUAACGCUCACGAAAACAAACAUCACGAGACCAAACAUCACCAAGAACAUCACGAGAAUAAACAUGCGGUUGCAGCUUAAUGUGAUACGAGAAGAUGGCUUCAGUCAAAACGACCUUAGCUAGUUACUUUGGAUAAUGAAAGACAUUGGUUAUGGGACACCAAAUGUGUUAGAACUAGGUUUAAGUUUUCAAUAAAGAUAUUUUGUUGUAAUAA